GCGUUUCCACUCUUCCCGAUCAUACACAAGCGAACGCGUGCCAAGAGCCAUUCACUAUGUUUGAUCAAUGGGACCUCUCGACGAACUUUUUGCCGACCUCGUACGAAGAAGAAGAGUCCACGACAGACAACCCUGUCCCAAUUGGGUUUGAGAAGUCAGCAGAAGAGAAGAAGAAGGAAGCAGUACCUGUUUUGAGCAUUGAAACGGCCUCGGUGUCGCGUCGGGCAGGCUCGUUUUCUGGAAAUUCAGCUAUCCAUGAACAGGGUCUCACUCAACCAUCCAUUUCCUUUACUUUUGACGAGUACAACUUCUUCAAUUCGCAGCUGUACACUACUACUGCUGAGGUGGAGGCCCAAAAACUGUUGGAGCAGCUUAAUGUUACCGCAGCAUAUACAGACUGCUUAAUUACCAAAAGUGAUACUCUUCAUGAAUCCUUGUCGCUGCUCCGAAACCGAUUUUCUCGGUCGGAAAAGGAGAUGCUCGAGUUUUCAAUGCGUUGCGACGAACUAACUUCGGGAGAGCGCACGCUUCUUCAUACGGCAGACAAAAUCCAAGAAUCUUGGAACUACUUUCAGCCUUUAAAAGAGCUUUCGAAGUUGCUUCACAAACCUGCUCCAGACCUUGUUACAAAAUACGUGUUUAAAGACGCUUUGUCUCAAUUGUACCGCUGCAUUGCGUUUCUUCAGCUACACAAUAACUUCCUUGACAGUCCAGAGUAUUUGGAGCAAUAUGAAAGGCUUCUUUCAAAUGCCCUAGGUAUCAUUCGUACUUACUUUAUUCGUUCCAUCAAGAGUGCUCUUGCAUCUACUCAGAGAGAGCUUUCCAGAAUGGAUGCAUCCAAAGUCAUGGAUAGUUCUCUGAUGUACGCCAGGUUUUCGGUCGUGUCUCGCAUCACCGGACCACUUUUGGAGGAAGUUCAAGCGCAUUUGGAUUUAAGCCCAAUGGGAGUGCAGGUUGUGAAUGAUUGUAUUCGAGAAUUUCUUGCCGCUCGUAAAACGCUUCUUGUUCCCCUUGUCGAGUCUCUCAUGAACAAUUAUGCGCGUGAAAAGAAUCUAACUACUUAUAUUCAAAACUCGUUUGCAUUUUUCAAGCUCAUGGUUGAUGACGAGCUCAAACUGUAUUCACAAUUCUUCCGCCAAGAAAGUCCCUUACUCCCCUCUUUCUGGACGGAAGUUGUAUCCUCCUUCCAAGGACUUGCCCGAUCUCUCAUUUUGCAUGAGCACAACUUGGAUCAGUUGUGUCGGAACUGUUCGCUGCUCCAAGCUGAAACGAAGGUGCAGCAAGACUCAAAUGGCGAGGAUACACAAUCGUACUACGACUUCUUAAAUACAACCUACCAGCAAGUGCUACAGACACUGCAAUCUAGAAUUCUUUUUGUUGUGCACAAUACCUACAUCAACUCUAUUGAAAAAUACACGCCCUUGCCGGAAGACAUGCAACCAGAGCUGCGUCCGGACCUUCUCCCCGAGUCGAUGAACAAACUAAAUAUGGGGGAAAAGCCUUUGACUGCAGCAAACACAGAGUAUUUGUCCAAUCUUGCUGCCUCACAGGGUUGGUAUCCUCCAGUACAAAAAUCCAUUGAGGUAUUGUCCAAGGUGUAUCGGCUGUUAAAUUCUCACGUCUUUGAUGAAAUAGCCCACGAAAUUGUUCACAUUUGCAUCGCUUCCCUUGUCUCUGCUGGAAAUGCGUUUGCAAAAACCAGUGAUCCUCAGUCUAGCCGUCUGUUUCUGGUGAAAAACUUUUUAAUUCUGAAGCGCCAAAUCGAGGCAUUCGAUAUUGAGUUUGCUAACAUCCAAGUUGGAAUCGAUUUUCACAAGGUUUGGCAAUCAAUACGUGAAUGGAAAAAUGGUCUACACAGUUUAUGGGAUUUUGCUCAACAGAAACUGCCGGGUAUGGUCACAAACAUGGUUGAUGCCAGACAGGAGUUGGACCAGCAGUUACGUAUUGCUGUCAACCUGUAUAUAGAAACAGCUACACGAAGCUUUACAGAUUGUUUGCAGACACGGAGGCCUGAAGCUGCAAACCAAAUGUUGGAAAAGCUAAAUGCGUCUUUCUCGCACAUUGAAGAGCAAUGUGCUGCAUUCUUUACUGAAGAUUGGCUCAUUAAUUUGUUUGUCCGUGCCAUUCAAGAAGACGUUGUUCGUGCAUAUGAAGCAUAUGUUUCGGAACUGGAAUCGACUCAACCUGCUGUCACGACCGUUUCACUGGACCAGGUUCUGUCUGCCAUGUCAAUGAGCUCUGAGAAGGGAACUGAAGGUGCUGAAGAAGAUUUGGAUAAGAGUGCAGAAGAAGGACCCGACAACGGUUCCAAUGACUAAAACGAAAAAAACCUCGAUACCAUUUUUUUUUGUUCUGUUCCUGAUACGGACAGACCUACUUCAAAGAAACAAUUCCAUCUUAUACCCAAUCUAAUGAAGUUGUAUAUAUACUACAAAGUUAUGAAUGAAAGAAUAUAGUGAACUCGC